AAAAGUGACUCAGUUACAUUUCACUAGAGUAAAGGCAGUGGAACGUUCUUCAUACAUUUAUAUUGGGCACUACUGGCCUCUUGUCAUUUCGCUGAUGUUGUCUGGACAUUAACACUUUCAGCUCCUGGGACAACUGCAGAAUGCUGACAGCUUUAUGUGCCUGGAUCAUAAGACACCCGUGCUUAAUCUUUAUUCUGUUCUGCCUGGUCCUCGUGACGCUCUUCAGGAAGAUGCCACCCGUGACCCCAUACCAAGAUCACCGAAGUAUGUUGAAUGCUGUGGAGACUGCGCGGCUACACAGGGAGAACAGAUGGCUUUGGGGAAAAAAUGCAGACCUGCAAGAGCGUCUGACAAUUUCAGAGGCAAAGGUGGAGGAUCUGGUGUCUCAGCUCUCGAAGAUCACUCAGAACCGGGAAGAGGAGAAGCGUGACGAACUGGCUCGCCAAAAUGAGGAUAUUUUGGAAUUAGGGAAGAGGAUGAAAGAGCUCGAACUUAUCAAAAACAACUUCAGCAAGAAACAAGAGGACCUGGAAGCUAAAGCACAGACAUGGCAGGAGCAAUUUCACCAGUGUGAAAUGAACAUGACCACAACCAAUAACCAUCUAAAAAGGACAAGGGAAGAGUUAAAAGCGUGUCAAUCGGACAGGAAUGCAUGUCGACAUCAGCUGCAGCAUGGCCAAGCUAGUACAGUGCAUGGACACAUUGGUUUGAUUGUUCUCUCUGUCAUGUCUCUCAAAUUACUGUGUAGUUAGAGGAUCAGUACAAGGAUUGGAAUGCAAGACCAAAAGAAAACCACUCUGCAUUAUCACCAACUUUUUAUGAGAAAAAGCAAAAAGAAAUUAAAUUUGUGGUGCUAA